AUGCCGUCGCUCUCGCUCCCAUCCCGCCGUAUCCUCUCCCUUACUACCCGCCUUCACCUCUCCUAUUCACCUCACAGUCACUCAGUUUCACACCGCGAUCUCCUCUUCCUUACUUCCCCGUCGUCGCCUCUCCCUCCUCCCCGUCGUCGCCUCUCCCUCCUCCCCGUCGUCGCCUCUCCCUCCUCCCCGUCGUCGCCUCUCCCUCCUCCCCGUCGUCGCAUCUCCCUCCUCCCCGUCGUCGCCUCUCCCUCCUCCCCGCCGUCGCCUCUCCCUCCUCCCCGCCGUCGCCUCUCCCUCCUCCCCGCCGUCGCCUCUCCCUCCACCCCGCCGUCGCCUCUCCCUCCUCCCCGCCGUCGCCUCUCCCUCCUGCCCGCCGUCGCCUCUCCCUCCUCCCCGCCGUCGCCUCUCCAUCCUUCCCGCCGUCGCCUCUCCCUCCUCCCCGCCGUCGCCUCUCCCUCCUCCCCACCGUCGCCUCUCCCUCCUCCCCGCCAUCGCCUCUCCCUCCUCCCCGUCGUCGCCUCUCCCUCCUCCCCGCCGUCGCCUCUCCCUCCUCCCCGCCGUCGCCGCUCCAUCCUCCCCGCCGUCGCCGCUCCCUCCUCCCCGCCGUCGCCUCUCCCUCCUCCCCGCCGUCGCCUCUCCCUCCUCCCCGCCGUCGCCUCUCCCUCCUCCCCGCCGUCGCCUCUCCCUCCUCCCCGCCGUCGCCUCUCCCUCCUCCCCGCCGUCGCCUCUCCAUCCUCCCCGCCGUCGCCUCUCCCUCCUCCCCGCCGUCGCCUCUCCCUCCUCCCCGCCGUCGCCUCUCCCUCCUCCCCGUCGUCGCCUCUCCCUCCUCCCCGCCAUCGCCUCUCCCUCCUCCCCGUCGUCGCCUCUCCCUCCUCCCCGCCGUCGCCUCUCCCUCCUCCCCGCCGUCGCCGCUCCAUCCUCCCCGCCGUCGCCGCUCCUUCCUCCCCGCCGUCGCCUCUCCCUCCUCCCCGCCGUCCCCUCUCCCUCCACGCGGUUGCCUCUCCCUCCUCCCCGCCGUCGCCGCUCCCUCCUCCCCGCCGUCGCCUCUCCCUCCUCCCCGCCGUCGCCUCUUCCUCCUCCCCGCCGUCGCCUCCGGCGACAGGUGCACGAGCGCAAGCGUGA